CGCCACGUGCCUCGUGAGGUGGGCUGGGUUCCCCGCUCGCGCCCUUCGAGGUCUUCCGGGGUCCAGCCAGGCUUUGGCCUCUGUCUUUCCCUGGUUACGGAGACUGCAUCUGGUUCCCCGGAAGGAUCAUCCGGUACAAAAGCCAAGAUGGAUAUUCAGACUUGGUAUUUGAAAACAUCAAAGCUGGCUCUGGCCUUGGCAAUUAUCCACUCAAAACCAGUCGGCAGGAGCAGCAGAGAAUAUGCUGAGCACCUUGCCUCCCUCAUGUCUCAGCAAGAGUCCAAAUGGAGAUCCAAAGUUGAAGUCUUAGAAGCAGAAGUUCUGCAUUUACAGCAAAAACUUUUUCUGAGCAGGACAUGCUGGGAAUUAUAUAAGAAUGGAAAGGUGUUUUCCUACCUGCCAGGUCAGGAACCUACAAGUUCUGAGAAUACGUUAACUGUGAUGAAUGAUUCUGGAUGUGAUUUAUCAAAUGAGCAAAGAAGUGAACCUUCCGAGUCCCAGCGUUUUAUAGACAGCUGCAGUCCCCCACCUGUUCUUCCACUGCCUCUUAGGAAAAGAAGGUGUACUACCGUGGAAAAUCCUCUGUCUUCUCACAUGCAGUUCUUGCAACAUCUACUUGAACUGAAGAAAUUGACAGAAUCAGGCAGUCUGAAAGCAGACUUCACUCACUUUGAGAAAGACUCAUCCACAGUCUCUGACUCUGUGUUACAGUUGCUAGGUGGCCUGAUUGCUUUUUACCGUCAUCCCAAACUUCCUUUUUCACGCUUUUGGACAGAAGCUGUUGAUACAGUUGCAAGAUUGAACAGUGAUAUUAAUUUAUCUAAUCAUAUUUUUAAGAAAUGCUCGAAGAAAUUGGAAGAAUUUCAGAAAACUCUACUUCAGGCCAUUUUAGAGAACAACCAUAUAAACCGGUUUCAGGUGCAACGUUAUGUCUCCCAGAGUCUGGUAACCCUAGGAAGUUGCAGCUCAUUGAGAAAGUCUAUUAUAUCACUACUUCUAUCAGAAGUGAAUAGCUUUGUGGAUGAUCUGGAAGCCAUUGUUCAG